AUGGCAGUAUUGCGCGCGCUGGUGACCCUGUGCGAACAGUCGAAGCUGUUGGACCAGACGAAACUGGAGAGUUUCUGGGGGACACAAGUGAAAUCCGCCCGAAGUGCGGUCGACCUAGCGGAAAUGGUCCUGCAUUGCAGGGUGAUGCCCGUGAGGAAGAAGGACAAUGCUGGCGAGAAGGUGAAUAUAUCGUUCGCAAUCAAAUCGACCCGUCCAGAGCUCGAGGCGGCGUUGGCCAUGGGGCGCGAAGCCGAUGGGAGGCAAUGGCAUGCCCAAGGUGGGGCCCGCAUCCCGCGGGCACCUGGAGCGCCUGGCCCCGGAGCUGCUGUCGGAGCUGGAGGGCAAGGGCGGCGUUGGGGCAGCACGUGA